CAGGGUUUGUGUUUUGAUGGUUAUGUUAUGUUUAUGUUCUAGUUUGUUUAGAAAACUGUUUUAAUAUGAUUUUAAUGAUGUUUUUAUCAAGAUUGCUUGUUUAAUUUUAAAACUUAUUCAGGUCCUCAAAUAAACUAUGUGUUAUUGUUAUUCUUAUCGUCCUUGAAAAUAUCUCAGAGAGAGCAAAAUGACUGAUACCAAAGUAUUAAAAGUCGAAGAAUUGUGCAGAAUUUGUUUAUUAAAAACAAACAAUAUGCGGCAACUUUUGAGUUCUUCUGGCGAAGUCUCUGAUUUAAUAGGCAAAUUAUCUUCAUUAAUAAACCAAGAGAUUGAUGUAGCUGCUAAUAAAAUGCAUCCCAAUUAUAUAUGUUCACAAUGUGAAGCAAAUUUGAUUUCAUCUUACGAAUUCCAACAGUUAAGCUUGAAAUCCCACAAAACCAUCUUAGAAUAUACAAUUCCAAAUAUUUUAGUAGAUGUCAAACCAUCUUUUCUUAAUUUAGUGACUCUUGAUUGUGAUGACAAAGAAGUAAAAGAAGAAAAUGAUGGAACCGUAGAGGAAAUUUCAGUAAUAUAUGAAAACUCUGAUAAUGAAAAGGAUGAUAAUUCCAGUGAUGAGGAUUAUAUAGCAGAGGAUGACGAGGACCAUGAUAAACCUAAAAAAAGAGGAAAUAAAUCUCCAAAAUCUAGAUCUACUAAAAGAGUGUUUAUUUGUAAAACUGAAGAAGUUAAAAAAUGUAUUAAUGAUGUUAAAACAAAGUUCUACACAUCAAGAAAUUGUUUAUUUUGUGGAUUUUUGGCCAACAAUGUUAGAACACUUUCUGUCCACAUGUCUAGACUUCAUUGGAGUUAUAAAGACAAAUGGUGUUGGAAAUGCAACAAAGUAGAAGAUGAUUUAAAGCAACAUUCAGAAACUCACAAAGACGAUUUCAAGUGUCCUUUCUGUAAUAAACAAAGUACCACAAGCAGCCACUUCGUAGAGCAUCUGGAACGUCAUACUGUUAAACUAAGACACAUUUGCAAAAUAUGCGGAAGCCAUCUCAAAACAACUAAACUUUUAAAAGCCCACUGCAGGAAAAAGCACAACAAACUAGUGUCGUCGUGUAAUAUCUGCUUAGAAGACUUUUUAGAUAAAAAAUUAUUACUAGAACAUCUUAAAACACACAAAACCAUAAAAUGUGACAAGUGCAAGGGGAAAUACAGUGACGAGAACUUUGACACACAUGUCUGUCCAAAAGAAGAAUUUUCUGAAGAAACUUGCGAUGAGAAACAAGAUGAUGACAUUGAGAAUACAAACGAAGAAAAUAUUGGGAAGGUGAAAGAAAAAGAUGUCGAUAAAAAGAGUGAUAUUAAACGACACAGGUAUUGUGGACUUUGUAAAAGAACAGUUAGAAAUUUAGAAAACCAUAGGAAUAAACAUCACAGUAAAGAUGGCAAAAAAGAUGAACCUAAAGCACUUUGUACAUACUGUGGAAAGCAAUUCAAACAACAAUCAAACCUGGAUGUACACAUGAGAACCCAUACGAAAGAAACGCCCUAUAAAUGCAGCUAUUGUGACAUGUCCGUUGCGACUAGAACUCGUUUGGUUGAUCAUGAAAGAACCCAUACAGGAGAAAAACCUUUCGUAUGCAGAUUUUGCGGAAAAGCUUUUAAACAACAUGGCGUUUUAAACACACAUUUAAAAAUACAUACUGGAAGAACAGAACAGUGUCUUCUUUGUCCUAAAAGGUUUUGUAGGCCUUCAGAAUUGAGAAAUCACAUGAGAGUUCACACAGGAGAAAAACCCUAUGCAUGCUCAUAUUGUGACAAAUGUUUCAUUCAAAGAAGUCAUUUGGUAGAACAUACGAAAAUCCAUACAGAUCACAGACCUUUCAAAUGUAACGUUUGUGGUAAAGCAUUUAAACAGUCAAGUACCCUUAAAGGUCAUCUUAAUGUACACGAAGGUAAAAAGAUGUUUAAAUGCACCAUAUGUUCCUACUGUUGCAGAAAAAGUUAUACUUUGAAACAGCAUCUUUUGCAACAUCAAAACACGAGCCAGGAACAAAAAUUUUCUUGUGAAAUAUGCCAAGAAACUUUUUUCAAUUUAGAACAAUUAAAUGUCCAUAGAAAUACGCCGCACCAAGAAAGCUUGGCAAUGACUGAAAAUAUCGCUCUCGAUAUAAAAUUUUAAUAUUAUAGGUAUAGGGUGAAAAGUGUUUUGAUGUCAGUCAAGUGGUAACAGAAUAGUCACGCCAGAUAGAGAUUAUUUAAAGUAUUUUAAACAAAAACCGUUUUAAAGCGAUGAACCAGAAAUCACCAUGGUUAUACCCUUGGUUAACCUUGAAAUCACGUGACUAAAGCCCUAUAAAGAUAACCGGUUAUUGUAACGCAUUAAUGUUCAAUCUUUUUUAAGGAAUAUGACAAGAAAUUUUGACAUUUAAUUUCUAGGUUAAUUUUAUGAAACUGGCCGGAAUAAAAUUGUGUGAUGUUGAUAUCUUACCAAAAAGAAUUGUAUUUGUGUAGACUGGAUGUUACAAUUUCUAGUAAUUUUAGUAUCGCAGUGGAGGUAUAGAAUCUAAAAAGACUUUAUACUUAUGUUUUAUUUUAAUUUAUGCGAGUAACUUUUUACAAAUUAUUUCACACUCAAAGACUUAUGACAUAUAUAUCUUGAUUGACACUUAUGAUAGACAGGUUAACCAACCUCUACAAAAAUAAACCAAAAAAACUGAUUUGCCAUUGUGCGAAUAGAUGUCGCUACUUGUAUGUUUGACACAAUUUAAUAGGGAACAGUUUGACAUGUUUUUUACAUGGUGUCAGAAGCAUUUUUUGAUAAUUUACGUAGCUAUUGUCAUUUCCAAUUUUGACUGAGCUAAUUCUAUAAUCUAACCAAAAAACACUAAUUGCAUGUCACUUCCACUUGUCAUUAUUAACCCACAUCUAGACUCAGGUAUUUACCGGUUAUAAUUAAUGACGUUUUAAUGGGCUUAAAUAUGACGUUAUAGAAAGUAACCAAGGAUAACAAACUUCGCUUUAAUUAAAACUGUAAAUACCACAAAUUACCGGUUGAUCGCUUUAAAACGGUUAAAAUUAACUGAUUGAUGACAUAAGUGUAGUACCAAAAUGAAAGACUGUCAAUAUUCAUAACGUCAUAGCGUCCCCGAGCAUAUAAAAGACAAUAUCACAAACUUUAUACGAAUAAGGUGUUAUUCCUGAUUACUGUAAAAUUAUUUAUAUCAUUUUGAUAUAAUAUUGUCCCUUUAUUUUAUAUAAUUUAUAUAGUUGUGUCAACUGUUUGGAAGUAAAAAAAAAAAUACUUGUAUUAAAUAUAAAAAACGUAAUAAUAAUUAACGAUCUUCUAAUUUUAUUUAUGUUAUUAA